GAGUGUCUUGUUCUCACACUGCUUUCCUAUAAUUUCCAGAAAGCCAGAACGCUGCACGGAGACACCCCAGCAAGCCCCGCCGUGGUCGCGGGCACUUGGUAUUUAGUUUGCGGUUGCGGGGCCGAGCGUCGAGGCGGAGGGUUAGGACAGUCGCCCCCUGAACGGUGGGAAGUGGCCGUACUGAGUUCGCCACUGCGAGAGGAGGCUGCACCCGCCCAGAGGAUGCUCAGGACCCUGCGGGAGCCUUUCCGGAUCAGAACUUUUUAGGCUGCCCGCCCCUACCCCCGCAGUCCCCCGGCCGCGUACCCGCAGGUGGGGGUCGAGGGGCGCCGCGGCGCAGAUUCCCCUCCCGUCCCCACCCCCAGCUCGGCCGCCCGCCGCUUUGUUCCGGGCGCGCGGAGGGAAGGCGAGGCUGCGGCGGAUCAUGCCCAUGGUGUAGCCGCCAAGCGGAGGCAUGGCUGCCGGAAGGUUACUGCUCUAUACCGGGCUUUCGCUAGCGCUCUGCGCCCUCGGCAUGCUGGCUGUGGCCAUCUGCUCAGACCACUGGUACGAGACAGACGCCAGGAAGCACAGGGACAGGUGCAAGGCCUUCAACACCCGCCGGGUCGACCCCGGUUUCAUUUACAACAACAACAACAACUUGCCUCUGCGCGCGAGCCGCUCGCGCCUGGACCGCUGGGAGGGCAAACUCCUCCGGGCCCGGAAUCGCCGGCAGCUGUUCGCCAUGAGCCCCGCGGACGAGUGCAGCCGGCAGUACAACUCCACCAACAUGGGCCUCUGGAGGAAGUGCCACCGGCAGGGUUUUGACCCGGAGAUAGCGGCCCUCAUACGGAAAGGAGAAAUUGAGAGAUGCACAUAUAUCAAGUACCACUACUCCUCAGCCACCAUCCCCAGGAACCUCACCUUCAACAUCACGAAGACCAUUCGGCAGGAUGAGUGGCAUGCCCUGCACCUGCGUAGGAUGACAGCUGGCUUCAUGGGCAUGGCAGUGGCCAUCAUCCUCUUCGGCUGGAUCAUCGGUGUCCUGGGCUGCUGCUGGGACCGAGGCCUUAUGCAGUAUGUGGCAGGGCUUCUCUUCCUCAUGGGAGGAACCUUCUGCAUCAUUUCACUGUGUACCUGUGUGGCUGGGAUCAACUUUGAGCUAUCACGUUACCCACGCUACCUAUAUGGACUCCCGGAUGACAUCAGCCAUGGCUAUGGAUGGUCCAUGUUCUGUGCAUGGGGGGGCCUGGGCCUCACACUAAUCUCGGGAUUCUUCUGUACCUUGGCCCCCUCUGUCCAACCUGUCCCGAGGACCAACUGCCCUAAAUCCAGGCCAGAGAAUGGGACAGUGUGCUAAAAACAAACAAA